AGGUUUCAACGGGAACCCCUUUUAUUUGGAAUCCCGUGCAGAGGUCGCGUAAUUUCUAUUCCUCUUUCCUGUAGCGAUACGCAGUCGUAUUUGGGCAAGACGUUACAGCGACUUUUUGUUCUUUUCUCACAGUCACUGUUUGAUUUUGUAGCUUUUUUUUCUCGUGGUUUGUUCAUGAUUCGCAGACAUCACCUAAACUUCACUACCCAUUGAGCACUACUUAAGAUUACAUUAAGAUUGAUGUAUAUCACUGAAGUUGAUAGUUUCUCCAUGCGAUGCAUCCUUUAUAAGAACUCGAUUCUGGUCAAUGUGGAUUUUCUAUCAUAUUUAGAGGUAUGUUUUGGAUUUGGAUUUAUUGAUGCUUUUUCAAGGUUGUGAUUCGGUCGUCUAAUGUGCCAUCUAUUUUGUAGGAGCGCCAAUGCUCUUGGAUGCUUGGUAGAUCAACAUCAUCGGAAUUAUUACAGUUGCCUAAGAAUUCACGUUCACCUGCGUUGCUGCUCGUUUUUCUAGCGAUGCAGAGGUAGUGGGUUGCUUAUCAAGCGCAAUAGAAUCUGUUAAAAGUAGAAUCAGAGGAGCGGCACUUGAGUUGUUAGUCGCACCGCGGGACGCAAGAAGUAGAACUACGAUAAAAGUGGUCUGGUCCUAUUAAAGCAAAGUACCACUUUUUUUAGUUUUUAUUUCUGAUUUUAGAAGGAAAUAUACAUAAUUUUGAAAACACUUCAGCCUCUUACUUUCGUAGAAGUUCUAGAAAAUGACAGGGGAACUCAGCAAUGCUGAUAUUAUUUCAUCAACGGGACCGUACGGCCCCCACGGCGCAGCUCGCGUGCGCUCUGUGUCGUGCCCGCCUGAGCAAGUUGCGCAGAGAAGUGACGUGGGCGCUGACUUCUCUUAUCUGAAGGCCCCUGGUGGCUUUCGCCGGGAGUUUUGCUGGAAGGCCACUUUCUCCGGUGAUGGCUCGCAGAGCGACGUGGAGGCGGUCGACGCGAGUACCAGGUCGCCUUCGAUCGGGACGAAGAGCGAGAUUGGUGGAGCCACCCCUAGAACUGGCGGCGGUGCUAAGAAAAAUGGAGGUGGGGGAACUACAUAUUGCAGCCCGAAAAAUGGCGUCAGUGGAGAACAUCAGAAGAUACGAGGAUGUGCUUCUGGCGGACAGAUUGCGCUGGACGAAACUGACGCACUCAGUAACAGCAGCGGGCGGCCUCACUGCAAAGUACAGAGUCUUGCUGCCACCAACGAACUGAUUCGCAGUACAACCUUAGAGUUUCUGGUGUCUGGGGGCGACGACCGUCUGCUUCUGAACAAGGAUGGGUGCAAUAAGUACAACACGCCGGCGUUGCCUCAGCCUCGCGGCAUUCAUCGCAGCUCGUGCACCUCAAAUUGCGCGACGGACUACUCAUUCGCCGAAGGGUAGAUAAAAGAAGCUCUGAAAAAAAUGUAAAUGAUUGAGUGGUUGAGAAAUCUUGUGUGCUUGACUGAUUUUCCACCUCGCGGUCACUUCAUUAGGCAGACUGCGACCUCGCUUAUCACUGCUAAUCUACUUUGCUUUUCCUUGUACAAGAACACUUUGUGCAAACCGGUAGUUAGAGUUUCGCUUCAUUCUGUGUUUCCCUCAGGUCAAAACUGAUUUCGGAGUUACUGCAGUUCGCGGGUAACGAGAAUCACAGCGAUGGGCGGCGUCCGUAUAUCGAGGCCGUCGACCGCGUUCGGAACGAGAUUCGGCGAGUCUGGCAACUGCCGGAUGCAGGAUGCGCGAUUACCUUGUGCCCGAGCGGUUCCGAUGCUGAGUACAUCCCGUUGUUGCUGGCGCUGUGUCGUAUUUUCUCUGGUGCGUUCGACGGGGAUGAAGCUGGGAGCAGUCCUCCCGAAGUAUCGUCGGCUUCAACCACGACCGUAGAAGAUCGGAAGGCCUCCUGGGGAAGCGGUAUCCUGUCCCUCAUCGCAGGCGCGGGUGAGGUAGGCUCCGGCACAACGGGUGCUGCCACUGGCCACUUUUUCAGCUCCGUCAUGCCGAAACCUGGAUUCACCGGUCCACAGUCAGGCGACGCGGUUUUUAACCUGCCACAGGGUUUCCCACAAGUGCAAGCUAUGGAGGUCGUCAUGCGUAACAAGGGUAAUAUUCAUUCUUCGACUUUCCCGUUUAUGAACAUACUAUAUAAUGCGACAGGAGCAGGAACAAAAGAUUGAUCACGUUUCUUCGUAGAAAUACUCCAGACUGGACAGUCUUGUCUUUAUUCAACUGAAUACCCAGGUGGAGGACUGAAAGGUCGUGAGGAUAUGGACGAUGAGGUACGUAAAAUCGUUGAAGCAGCGCUUACAGAGCAAAGCUUCCAAGUUGUGGUUGUCCAUUUGGUAUCCGGGAGUAAGACUGGACAUUUGAUUCCGUCCCUUUCCGUUCUGGAAGAGCUGUCACAGACAUACGGGAAGAGAAUCGUUCCUGUUGUGGACGCGUGCCAGGUAGAAGACCUCUUUUUUUGCGUCAGUUCUUGUGUUAAUGUUUGGGUUUUAAUCGUAAGUAAAAGAUAGAAAAUUCCUCGAAGCAAGAACGAAGAGACUACAUCUUCAACAAAGUCGAUGCCACUGAACUGUGAAAAAAAAUCAUGAUCUUGACUCCUCAGGCACGACUGAGCGAAGGUGCACUACGGACUUUCUUGGAUUCGAAGUUUGUAGUUCUCACGACGGGAUCGAAAUUUUACGGCGGGCCACCUUUCAGUGGUGCCGUGCUGCUGCCACUUGUGCUGGCCCAGGAACUGGAUGCGUGCGAGGAUGUGUGGGGCCGCGACUUCGGCGGCGCGCCGUUUUUGAAGUACUUUCCGCUCUUUAUGGAUGACGUUCUCUUGUCGCACGACCUGAAGAACAUGCGUCGCUACAUCCACGAGCGAAUCAAUACUCCGAAGUCAGUCGAAAAUCACUCCUCGGCAGGAACUAUGUCGGCGUCUUCUGUCUCGUCCACUGCCAGCACCGAGGGAGUGUGUGCCGCACGUGAAGAUAAGACAGCAGUGCAGCUCCCAAAUCAGGGCUUUUGCAUCGGCCGACGCUGCAAUGCAAUGAACUGGGGUCUCGUUCUGCGUUGGACGAUGGCCUUGAACGAAAUUCGGAAGUACCACAGCAUCCCAGAGCGGGUGCGCAACGCCAUCAUGCUGCGCUGGGUGGACAAUGUAAACGACAUCCUGCAGCGCAUGGAUUCCCCGUUUCUCAGCGCGAACGACGGGGACGGAGAUUAUUCCUCCGUAACUGCGAAUCCUCUAGUUUCCCAAACGGAACAGGCGGAGUCUGGAGAGCUCACUGCGGUAAGUGCUAUGUACUUACAAAUCAUCGAUAGCAGGCGGAGAAGUAAAUACACUGUUGUAGCAAUUUUGGAAUGAUAGCUCAUCAUUAAGCAUGCAAGCCAAAUGAUUCCCAUGGACUAGCUGUUGUCACAGGCGUUGUUUUGUAGGCAGUACCAUAAAAACUAAAUUUUUAGUGAAGUUGUGCUAGACCUCCCCACUUUUACACCAGGGCAUGUUUGGGAUCAACACGAUUGUGAGUCUAGUUUGUCGCGUUCCCACGUCGCAGGGGAACGGUAGCGCGAAAACUCGGCGACUCGGGCAGGAGGACUUGAAAAAGCUGCACCGUCUUAUGACACAGGACUUGUCAGAAAAGAUUCACAUCGCAGAACCACAGCAGCUCGCCUUUGGUCACCUCGCCAAUGGGACAAACACUUCCAGCGACAAUGUUGUUAAGGCUACUCCUAAACGUAAUUCGUUAACUCUCCUGUUUGAAAAUGUAGUGAAGUAAUGGCGUCAUGAUCUUUUAUUAUGACUGAACUAGUUGUACACGUACCUGCAUGUGACGUUCUUCCGUGAUGAGUAAUACAUUAUAGGAAAGCAUCAAUUUCUUGCAUUCGCAUUUAUUAAGAUGAAAAUCGAUUACAAGGAGUGCAUUUUCUUGCUCGUCUAUGGCCGUUCACCAUUUCCUCGCUUUAUGUCCAAAUCUCUAAUACGUGCAACGGCGGUGUUGAAGGUGAGCAGAAGAGCAGCACAAGCUUAGGCGUGGAAUUGCAGGGACCAUUCGGAAGCUACGUUGUGGAAGCAGCUGAAGAUAUCCUCCGCUCCAAAUGCUUCAUCGCGCAGCCAGUGCAAUUGCAACAAGGGAUGGGAAAGUUGGGCCUGACGGUUAUUCGCGUUGCGAUUGGUGCCCCUCUAGUUCACUGGGCAGCGCAGCACAUGCAGAAAGGGUUCGCAUUUCUUCCCUCUUCCUGCUCGUUAUGGCACGACUACUCCAUAGAAGUAUAAUUCACGUCGCUAUCAAAGUCAAUAUGUCGAAGUUGCGUCGAGGAAUUGGCCUCCAUGCAUUUGUUUCACACGUUGCAGCGCUUUUUUACUACUUGACCACUUUUCGACUAAAUUGUGAAGCUAGGAGGUCCUCUACUGGAUUCAGCACUUCCAGCGGUUUCUAGAUCUAGUACUAGAGACUCGCUCAACAUCAAAAGGAAUGUCGAAUGAAAAAGAGGCCAUGAAAGGCGCAAGUAAGAUCACAAGUUGAUGACGCGAGAAGUAGACGUAGUUGUUGUGUGAAAUGUGAUUACAAAAAGCAAAGCUCUCUAAUCUUCGCGGGAGCCCCGGAAAAAGCCGCCCUGCACAGGACCAUGGAUAUCGUUGCUAAGAGUGACGCGGUCCUCCUUCGUAAGAUGGCGCUCAUUUUGGAACACUGGGAUGCUGUUUGUGGGUUGUGAAGCGCCAUCCUGUUUUUUCCUGGUUUUUUUAUGUCGAAGAUUGGAUAAAAGGUGUUUCAUCUUGCUCGCAGUAUGGGAGGACCGUCUGAGAUGUCGUGGGGAUGAGAUUGCAUCGACUUGAUACGAUAAGUACGAAGGUAUGGAAUCCCAUCUGGCGGGGAUCUGCAGAUCGAGCUGGUUCUCCUCGGAUCCGGUAUUAUAAUCAAAAACGGGCACACCGCCUCCCUCCAGUGUUUACGGGAUGAAAAAAUGUUGGUGGACUUGUAGACAAGUAGUCAAAAAGAAAAUAUAGCAGCUUGGGGCAGGCGCUUAUUCUACUUGUUCGACAUGAUCCACCGAUUUCUUUUUCUCUAGUGGAGAUAACUUUCGCUCGUGGUCCACGCUUAGGUGUUCUUGUUCUUGUCUACUACUUUGUUUUCAAAACCGAUGUUUCAUUAAACAGUAUCAGUAUCGUUAUUCAAUUUUCCAACGUUUCGUCGGCAUUAAGUAAGAUGAAGGAGAAAUACUGCUGGGAGGGCCAACAUCAAUUGGCAUUUGUUGAUCAAGUGCUUGGACACAAUUUCCGCACGCUUCUGUAAUUCAUCAAGUCACGACGUCGAAGUUAGCUGCUCUCUAUAUGCAAUAUUGCAUAGGUAGCGUAUACGUAUAGCUCUAGUUCUUUUAUUGUCAUGAUCCGUACUUGUCGCCUUGAGGGGUUGACGCAACCUUGUGAAUAACUACAAACAAAGUCCCCGAUUAUGCUUCACCUGAAGAGUACUGCGCAUGCGCAUCCGCCGUAUUCUUCGACGCAGCUUUCUCCUCCUACUUAUGUAAAUCUGAAUGGUAUUUCGUCAAAAAGAUCAGAUCAUAAGAGUUAACACUUUAUUACUAAUCCUUUUGAGUCGUGUGGUGUAUCGAAUGGUAACGACACUGGCCGCUGCGCCGCUUCAGUUCUAGCAUCUUCAGAAGCGCAACUCCUCCACUCCUUAUUCUCGUUUUUCAGCUUCGUUCCUGCUCUCCUCCAGAACGCUAGAUUUUCCAAACAAUCCCCUCCGCCGUUGGCUCAGUCAAGCUGUUAGCUCAGCUUGAGCAUCGUGGGGGUCCUCGUUAAUCACAAAAGCCAUGUCUUCUGUAGCCGCGUCCUUCCCUACACAAUCGCUUUCUUUGCGAAGUUAUAGCGCAUGCGCUCUAUAAUUUGCCACACUGUCAAGAAAUUGUGUAGAAAAAUGGGUUAUUUAUUUUACCUAGCCGCUUGGGAGUUACGACAUCGCCCACAACGAAAGCGCUCUAGAUGUUCGUUAGAAGUAAUGGCGUACACUAUUGGCGAGUCCCUUCUAAUAAAAAGCUGCUACUUUGUUUCGCUGGUCUAAUUCAUUAGCUAUAAGGUUUGCUGUGCUACUAACAUAGUUGCUCUCCUUGUAUCGACGUUUUGGAAAGCGUCCACGAGUCACAGAACUGCCAACAACACAUGAGUGCGAGGAUGCUACUGAGGUUCAAAAGCUGUAUUAUAGGUACAUAAAGAUUAUAGUCGAAGAAGAUGCAGUUCUGUUGUUUUUUGAAUUUCUAUCAGGGAACGACAACAAGUAUUUGUUGCUUGUUACUAUAGUCUGCUUCUAUGGGAUCCUACAGCCAUAAUGUGCAAGAUAUCUAGUAUUAAGUCACUUCAUUAUAAUAAAUCGUCCUGUGCAGGUCUUUAUGUAUGUAUAAAGUUUUGCAAGAGAGUGGUGGGGCCUCAUCACAAUGAAAGAAGCUCUGUCUUGUGUGAGUGCAGUGCGUGUAAGAGCAAAAUGUGGACUCAGUGCCGCUAAUUUAGCUGACCCGUUCCGCAGAGAGAUCAACUAAAGAUGAUUAAUCCGCAACAUCUUGCGGUCGCGCGAACAUAAUGAUAAUGAUAAUGUUGCUAUGCGUGUCAAGCCUGAAGGUCCAUAAACGAUGCACUACCCUGUAAUUCAGUAUUUUCCAAAACGAUCCCUGUCAGUCUCCGAGUCGUCAGAAGACUGGUAGAUCCAAAGUAGAAUCAUGAAGACUUUUCAAUACGGACUCCGGAUGAAUUACUUCCACGAGUAAUGCCAUACAAAGUUGCACCAUGUUGCCGGUCCCCAGGAUGCUCGAUACGGCCAAACGAAAUAGUGCUUGACAUACAUGCCUACAGCUGCACCUAGGAGACUUACGUUAUAACCUCGUACUUGGUGAGAAAAAAUUCUUUCGCAAACGCAAAGUCUGUCGACAUGUAUUUUUGGACUCGUGCGAUUGCGAUUAGCUGAGGUCCUUCAUGUCAUUCAUUGUAUAUUUACGACGUGAGAUGAGGAAUUCAGAUUUCCCCCUCAUCGUUGCUCCCACUUGUGGGUACUACAUCUGCUUCUACAACAUCAUCGUAAUCUUCAUAUAAUCAGCACAACAUCGUCCUCCCAACUCACAGGGUCUUAGUCGGGGAAGCUUCGGCGUCUAAAGAAAUGUACUGACACUUGCUAUCAUUCACUUAAUUGAAGCACUACAUAUACACGGACGCGAUGUCCCUUCCUGGGGUGAGUUUUCUCUUGGCGGACACUUCCUUGGUGUUAGACCCGGAUGUUCAUCUCGAUAAGCUAG